GCAGUACUCUAAGUACGACAUUUCUUUUUAUUUAUUUACAUUUAGUUUUGUAUAUCCUCGUUUCAAAAAUUUAUUUCAAUGUUUUAUUUUAUCUAAAAAUUAGAUAAAAAAUAACAUAAUGUUUAAGGAAAGUUUUAAAUACUAUAAAUCAAAAUGGCCCGUGCCGGAUUUUAAAGAUGUUAUCGAUUUUAAUAAUGAUUCCAACCACACAAAGAUAGAGGAUUUGCAGUUGAAAGACGAUUAUGCCCACUUGGGCUUACCACUAGGCAUGAAUCCGGUACACAAAUGGCGUUUGUUUAGGCUUGUAGAGCAUCCGGGAUUAAUUGUUAUACGUGAUGCAUUCACCGCGCAUGGUCAACGCUAUUGGAUGGCUAGGAGUCUAAAAGAUUAUCCAAAAUAUCCCAAUAGAGUAAAUUUAAAUGAACGACUUUUCAAUAAAACAGUUUUGGACGAUUGGUGGUCUUCUUUGCAACAGUGCGAUGAUAAGGACGAAGCGAGGCGUAUGAAAAUAUCCAUGCGCUGGACUACUCUUGGUUAUCAUCAUAAUUGGGACACUAAGGUCUAUAGCGAGGAAUUGCAUACAGAAUUCCCUGAAGAUUUAGCACGUAUGACAAAUUUCUUUGCCAAUGUUUUGGGCUACGACAAUUAUAAGGCACAGGCUGCUAUAGUUAACUAUUAUCCUAUUGGUACUACCUUGGCCGGUCAUACAGAUCAUUCGGAACAGAAUUUAGAAGCUCCUUUAUUUUCAUUCAGUUUUGGACAAACCGCUAUAUUCCUUAUUGGAGGCAAAACGCGAGAAGAAAAACCCUCUGCUUUAUUUUUAGAAAGUGGUGAUGUGCUGGUCAUGUCACAGCAAUCUCGCCUGUGUUAUCAUGCCGUACCGCGAGUUAUGAAAGCUCGGCAGGAAACGUGGAACAUUCAAAUGCCAACACCAACGUCACAAAACCAAGAAAUAAAAAUAGACACUUUACAACCCGCCAAAAAAUUGCGCACUGAUAUAACCUUUUGGAAUAACAAUGAAAUGGAAACAGCUUUAGCAUGGUCCAUGGAUCCCUUGGUGUAUGAACAAGUGAGCAACGAAUUACAUUGGCUGCCCUUUAAAAAUUAUCUACACGACUCACGUAUUAAUAUUAAUGUCAGACAAGUUUUAAAUAAUCAGCAGCAAUCUUUAAGUUGCUGAAGCAAAACUGAAGGAUAUACCUACUAGUUAAAACAUUUGUGUAUAAUUUAUUAUUCGUUUAUUAUAUGAAACAAUUCAAUUACAAAUAUAUAUAUAUAUAUGUUUUAUUUUAUCUACA